AGUAAAAAAUUAACACCUGUCAAAUUUCAUUAUUCGUUCUGUGUUUAUUAAGAGAUUAUGUUUAUUUAAUUGGUUUACAGUAAACUUUGUGAUUUAACUUUUAGAAAGACUCAAGUAAGGUAUACGUGAGACAUGUUUAAUGUAAUUGUGUUUUAAUUUUCAAAAAAAUCAUUAAAUAUGGUCAAGUUAUAUUGUAUCAGUGUUUUGUACAAAGGACCUACAAGUGCAACAUGGUUAAAAUCAGCCUUUGACCUACAAAGUUUUAGUUUUUUUCAACGAGGAUCAGUGGAAGAAUUCAUGACAUUUUUUUGUAAAACAAUCGUAGAAAGAACAAUACCUGCAUCACGUCAGUCUGUAAAGGAAGGAGAAUAUAUGUGUCACGUUUAUGUCAGAGCCGAUAAUUUAGCCGGCGUUGUUAUAUCAGAUCACGAGUACCCUACAAGGGUUUCACACACUUUAAUUACUAAGAUUUUGGACGAAUUUAGUCAAAAGAUUCCUGCUUCAAGUUGGCCGAAUUUAACAGAACGCGAAGUUGCAUUUCCGCAACUCAACACUUAUUUAUCCAAAUAUCAAAAUCCUCGAGAAGCAGACGCUAUGACUAAAAUACAAGAGGAUUUGGAUGAAACUAAAAUAAUACUACACCAUGCAAUUGAAAGUGUACUUCAACGCGGCGAAAAACUGGACGACUUAGUGUCCAAAUCUGAAGGAUUAAGUAUGCAGUCGAAAGCAUUUUACAAAACGGCUCGCAAAACCAACAGUUGUUGCACUUUUAGUUAAAGCAUUCCUUAUUUACCCCAAUUAUUUAACGUCCUGGAGAUUUGGAUGUUCAUAUAUCUGAUUAUUGUUAAAUGUUGAAUGUAUACCUAUUUACGACAAUAAAUGUAAUGAACGCA